AUGUCUAAUAAAAAUAUAAAUGACGUUAAGACCCAGAGUAAUCAAUCUAAUGAGACAAGUCUGUCAGGAACAGCAACACCAAAAAAGACGGUUUCAGAGCCAACAAAGCAGGAUCGAAAAGACACAACCAAGAAGGAUAUAGGAAAUGAAACCACAGCUUCAUCAAAACUAAAAGAUGACUCCCAGAAAUACGUUGAAUUGAAAAAUAAACUAAUCCAGCAAAUUCUUAAAAAGCAAGAACUAACUAGAAAGCUAACCACGCUAGAGGAUUCAAUAUAUCGAAAAGAGAUAGAUUAUUUUGAGGAGAGUCCGCUUGGUAAUAUCGUGAAAGGUUUUGAGAAUUUCUCAAAGACUAGUGGUGGGGGUGGUGCAAAUAAGAGGAAGAUUCUGUAUAGUGAAGAUGAUCACAUAUUUAGUCUCAGUUCAGUCAACUAUAUAAAAGGUUUGAUGAAAAGACAAGGCCACGUAUCUAAUGGAGGGUCUUCAAAAGACGAUUUUGAUGACUAUGAAGAUUCCGUCGACCCAACCACUGCUAGUGCAGGAAGCAAAGCUAAUAGCAUCGAGAAGAAUGAGUCGCCCAGUGGUAGUAGUGGAACACCUAGUAGAAAAAGGAAAGCAAGAAUAUUAGAUGAUUAA